GAGGUUUUCUGCCUCUCCGAACGUCACGGUGUUACGCAUGCGCGGUUGGAGCCCGCUGAAAUUCGAACGCGGUGGAUUCUGCCCUGUAAAGGGAAGGAGCUCGGAUGUCAUUGAUUGCACCAAAAGGGUCUGUUGCUUAAAAGAGCACAAAAGCCAAUGUGUCUAAAUAUUUGGAGUGAUGGGGGUGACUAGUCUGUGGCAGAUCCUGGAACCCGUCAAAGAGCAUGUUCCCCUCAGCAGUCUUAAAGGAAAGACUUUGGCUGUGGAUUUAAGUCUCUGGGUGUGUGAAGCACAGAUGGUUAAGAAGAUGAUGGGAAUCGUCAAAAAACCACAUCUUCGGAAUCUUUUCUUUCGGCUCUCUUCUUUAACAUUGAUGGGCAUCCAUCUGGUGUUUGUCAUGGAGGGAGAUGCUCCAAAACUGAAAGCAAAUACAAUGGAGAAGAGGAAAGAGAUCCGUUUUGGGCCAUCUAGGAAGCCUGGUACUACAAGAACAGGGAGGUCUCACUUGAAGUCUUUCCUGAAAGAGUGCCUUGAGAUGCUGGAGUGCUUAGGAGUCCCUUGGGUUCAAGCAGCUGGUGAAGCAGAGGCCAUGUGUGCUUACCUGAACAGCAAUGGCUAUGUGGAUGCCUGUAUCACCAAUGAUGGGGAUGCCUUUCUUUAUGGCGCUCAGACAGUUUACCGAAAUUUUACCAUGAACACAAAGGACCCACAUGUUGACUGCUAUUCAAUAUCAGCUAUUGAGGAGAAACUAGGAUGCAGCAGAGAGUCUCUGAUAGGAUUAGCCGUUCUGCUUGGCUGUGAUUAUCUCCCCAAGGGAGUUCCUGGAGUUGGAAAAGAACAGGCUUUAUGGCUGAUUAACACUUUGAAAGGACAGAGUUUACUGCAAAGAUUUGAGUACUGGAAAGACCACUUCCAAUCUGGUGAUAUCCCAACCAUGCCGGUUAAAAAGUUGUCUUACUGUGCUGUGUGCCACCAUCCAGGAUCUCACAAAGAACAUGAGCGGACUGGGUGCCAUCUCUGUGGCACUGUGGGGUAUUGCGAGCCCCACGGUGCCGAAUCCUGCUGCCCUUGUGACUGGCAUUUGUCUGAGAGACACUGGCAAGCCAACAUAGUGGAAGAAGCUGUCAUGAAAAAAGCCAAGGCAUGUGAAGGCUUUCCAUUUCCAGAGGUCAUCCAAGAGUAUCUCAUCAGCAGGGACAAACUGAGGAAGCUAAAUGAGUGUCAAAGGCCAAACAUGCUCACUUUUCAGAGGUUUGCUUCUGAGAAAAUGGACUGGACCGAGCAGUAUGCUUGCGAAAAAUUGCGUGUGCUUUUGACAAACUAUGAUAUGAACAGAAGGAAAUUUGGCCAUGUCAGUCCCCACCAACUGCAGCCGCUACGGAUAGUUAAGGCACGAACGAAAAAUGGAAUUCCCUGUUUUGAAAUUGAAUGGCAAAAACCAGAACACUAUGUUAUAGCUGAUGAGCAACCUGAAGAGCCCUUCAUAACAACAACAGAAGAAGCCACUUUAUUUCAAGCUGCCUACCCAGAAGUGGUUGCUCUGUAUCAAAUGGAGAAACUCGAUAUUUCCAAGAGAGAAAAGAAGAGAAAGAAGACUAAACUCAAAGAAAAAGAACACACAGUAGGAGACAAUGAAGUCACGGAUCUCCUUUCUCGGCUGAAUUUGGAAUCUACGCAUGAAACCCUUCCUAGCAAAAAUGAGAAAGAUUUUGAAACUGUUUCUACAGAGAAGGACUCUGAACUUCAGGGUCCCCCUGGAACCUCACAGUGUUCUACUAAAGUUGGCCAAAGGCCAGAUCCCUCAUCUACCUCACUCACGUCACAAAAUAAACCAGAGAAAUGCAAUCCUGGUGGUUCUCUAAGCUUACAGGCAAAAUUUCCUGAACAGUCAGCAGCUUCCCCAUCUGAUUCUGCAAUUGCCAAUCUGCAGUUAAGUGCCAUUGACUGGGAAGGAACAUCCUUCAGUAUUUCUCCAAUGCAUGUUAACGUUGCCUGUUAUUUGGAAUCUGGGUCUCACACAUGUACUGGUUCCACCAGGCCAUAUUCCCCACUGUGCUCUGAACCAAACAAAAUCAUCAUACCUUCUUCAGAUUCUAUGCAAUAUGAUACAGAUCUCCCCGGCAGUGUGGAUUGCUCUUCUUCAGGCAGUAACUGUCCUAAAAGACAAAGUGAUUUAUAUUUGAAAGAAGAAGCAAUUCUAGAGCCUUCCACCUUGGAAGCUUUUUCCAAGGCUCCGUUAAGUGCUUGGCAAUUGGUAGGACAAAUGAAGGUAACUACUGGCCUCAGAGAAACAUUUUCAUCUCUUUCAGGUCAGAUAAAUGACAGCACUCGGGAAGCAGAAAAUGUGGCCUUAUCAGAAAAGUAUCCAAGGAGAUUUGAUUCACUGAACUAUAAAGAGAUUCUCAGUUCUGAAAACGCAGUCGAAGCAGAAGAGGGACUCACUGAAUCAGACCUUUAUCCAUCUGUAGGUCUGUGCCCUGGUAGGCAAGGACCAACCUGCUUGGGUAACAAGUCUCUCAGAUCAACAGAAGACAUAGAUCCAUGUCAGGUUAGAAAAAAUGUCAGGCCACCCAUUCUGAAAAACUCCUUCAAAAAGAGUGUGUGCCAAAAUAGUUAUUCGAGUGAAGACAGCGAUAGCGAAAGCAUGAAAGGCAGGAGAAAAAGUCACAGAAUCCCAAAGUGGCAAAAGAAAAGUGACCUGAUUCAGCCAAAGAACAAGAACACCAACAAAAGUGGAGGCAGCCAGUUGGCCCAUAAUAUUCAGCAAAGGAACAAACCUGACCAUAAAGUCCUUGGAUAUGUGGGCGUUUCAGUGGCAGAGCGGCCCACUGUACAUAUACCCAAUCCUCCAAGACUCACAGAGUGUAAACCUGGAGGACCCAAUCCUCCUCUAGAGGAAACUGGAAGUGAUUCUGAUGGGUGGACCAAUAGUCCUCUCCCUCUGUCAGAAAGACUGAGACUCAGGAUGCAAAACAGUUAAAGGCUCCUUUCCAUUUCACAAUUCUCUUUUUUUCUUACAUUACAUUCUGUUCAGAGAUUACAAUACGUACUAGAUUUUUAAUGCGACAGAAUUGUUUUCUAUACUACAGGAUAACCACUUUUGAUUAUUUCCAAAUGUAGGGAACUUGGAAGAAUCUGUCAUAAGCACUGUGCCUGCACUUGGCCCCAUGUAAGCCGCCCCGAGUCCCUUCGGGGAGAUGGGGCGGGGUAUAAAAAUAAAAUAAUAAUAAUUAUUAUUAUUAUUGGCUUUCUAUUUGCAGGGAGUUUUUAAAACACAGCAUUACUAAUAAUGUCAAUUUCAAUUCUGAACUAGAAAAUCAUCUUAUCACCUCAUUCUUUCUCACGUGCAGAACCAGAUGAAUGAAGAUCACAGUUUUGUAGGGAUGCCAUCAACACUCCAGCAACCCGUUGAAAGGAAAAGGGUAAAGGAAUACAAUUAUAGAUGUGGCAUCUCAGUUACCAUGGGUCCAUAGCCCAAAUCACCCCAUCAUUCAUUGCAGUCUUUUUUUUUCCUGACUUUCAAACCAUUUAAUCUCUAGCCAAUCACAUAUAGCUCUCUUUACUCUUAAUACAUGCCUGUUGUCAAGUUGAAUGUACUAUCAAGUAUCUAUUCGGAAAGGGUAUGAACAUUUUGUUCUGGGAUAAGAGGCCCAGUAAACCAGUAUCAGUUGAAUUGAUUAGUCUUGUAUUAUUGAUACAUUUUUAAAUUUGCUAUACAAAUUUUAUAGCUUUUUAAAUUUAGUAAGUGUUUUAGCCACAUAGCUUUGAUUUUACCAUCAACUUACAAUAUUAAAUAUUAAAGACUAAAUUGAAUUUAAAUGGCAUCAUGUAAUUAUGCAAACAAUCCCACUCUUCUAAUCCGUUUGAAUUUUUUACUGGAAUCAUAAAUGCAUUUACCUUCAAAUAAAUCCCGAUGAUUUCAUUAGCAUUUCUUAUCAUAUUAGUUCGUUUAGAACUUCAGUUUUAAUCCUCUAUUGUGUUGUUUCCUUAUGGGUAUAGUAUUCUGGCUUGAUGUAAGUGUUGUCAAACUGUUUCUUGCCGAACAAUUUACCAUACCUACAUCUCUGGAAUUAUAUUUGAAUCUGAUAGAUUGGCAUAGUAAUGUAUUACUUUGUCAUCGUCAAGCUUGUCAUAAAAUUAUACUUUAAAAUAUUGAUCAAGACCUGUGAUGGUACAAUGGAGUGAUACUUUAACUCAAUAGUUCUCAACCUGUGGGGCCUCAGGUGUUAUGACCUACAACUCCCAGAAAUCCCAGUCAGUUUACCAGCUGUUAGGAAUUCUGGGAGUUGAAGGCCAAAACAUCUGGGGACCCACAGGUAGAGAACUACUGCCUUAAAUGAAAGCAAUGGCACAUACAUUUAGUACUUAAAGCACAAUACUAUACAGUGUUCCCUCACUACUUUGCAGUUCACUUUUCGCGGAUUCGCUGUUUUGCAGUUUUUCAAUAAACUCUAAAAUACUAUUAUAAAUCAUAAAAAAAUUACAAUUUACAACCUAAGGAAGGGAGGAAGGAGAACCCAAAGGGAGAGAAAAGGAGCCCAAGCGGCAACUGGAAGAGAAGGAGGCGAUUUAUCAACACACGAUUGGAUGAUAAAGACAGUGUAUAACUACUAAAAUAAUGUAUAAAUAUAGUGUCCCUAUUUCACGGAUUUUCACUUAUUGCGGGUGGUCCUGGAACGUAACCCCAGCGAUAAGUGAGGGAACACUGUACAUGUUCAUUCAUAUGUAAGUGUUGUUAUGUGAUUACCACUUCCAGGUAAGUGUCUCUUUAGAUAGCAACCUUCUUUACUAUAAUUACUACUGUAGAUUUUCUCUGAUGCUGAGAAUCAUGUAACUUUUUAACCUUAGUGAGUUCAGAUAAGGCAUUGUGUGUAGUUUAAAGAUAGUCUUUGUGUGCAAAAGUUGUUCAAUUCAAUCCCUGACAUCUAACAACACUACUGAAAUGCUCAAUCACCUGUAUACUAUUGAUUAAUACCAAGAUGUAAUUCAUGCCCGAUUUCCCAAGUUGAAAGCAUUAAAGACACAAAGUUAUUUCUUUAUUGUUGCUUCUCAGGAAAGAGACAUUGUUCAUUUUGUUAUGAAUGUUAAAAUAUUUUUUUAAAGAAGAAAAACCUCUGGGUGAAGAAGUAUGACAUUUUAACAUGAAUGUGGGCCAGAAGUCAUAAUACCAAAGCUUGAAAAUGUCACUUUUUUGAUUCACUCUCAGAAUGCUCCAGCCAAUAUUGCCAUUUUUCAGAGUUCUGUGGAAAACUAGGAUUACAGACAUAGUCUGCAAACUCUACAGAGUAUGGAAACCACGCCCGAUGAAGAGUGGCUGAGGGAUAUGUUUAGAUUGGAGAAGAGAAAAUUGAUAGGGAAAAUAAUGAUCAUGUUUAAAUAUUUGAAAGGAUGUCAUAUUGAAGAUGGAGCAAGAUUGCUUUCUACAGCUCCAAAAACUAGGAAACUAACCAAUGGAUUCGAACUAUUGGAAUAGAGAAUAAGCCUAAACAUUAGGGAGAACUUCCGGAUGGUGAAGCUGUUUCACAGUGGAAUACGUAGUCUCUGAAAGUGAUGGUUUUUAAACAAAUUGGAUAGCCAUCUGUCUGGAGUGCUUUGACUGUGUAUUCCUACAUAAGGAGUUGCACUGGAUGGCCCUUGGAGUCUUUUUUAACACUAUAUUCUAUGAAUUUCAAAUUUAUUAGAAGAUAUUUGAGAAGAUGCCUAUGUUUCUUUCUGAAACAGUUUGCUCUAAAACUGCUUGACUCUGGCUAUGCCAUGCCCUUAAAUUUACAAAGUCAGUUUCAGGGCAUAGCUGUUUCUUUUUGUUGUGUUUCCAUACCCAUAGGCGGAAAUGUCACAUCACAGAAACAAUUACUUGCUUAGCAAGUGCUUUAAAUAACGCCCUCAGGAGGCUUUGCAGACAUUUUCCCCUAUUUCAGGAAGAUGAACAGGGUACUUCUCCAAAUGCUUAUAUGAUAAGGUGCAACAAAUAGCAACUGAAUUAAUUUUGCAUCUUCAUAGCCAUGAUCCUACACAUUGAGAGGAAACUUCCCACUGAUGGCAAGCUCUUUAAACUCAGCAGACUGAAAGCCAAAAGUAAGGUCACAGCAACUGAUCUUAUACAGCUCCAGUAUGUUGAUGAUAAUGUAGACUAUACUCAUAUAGAAGAAUUCAUACAAGCCACUUCACUUUUGUAGAAAUAUUUAAAAAGCUUGACCUUUCACUGAACACUGAAAAAACCAAAGUGCCAUACCAGCGAGCACCAACCAAUUCCUAUGCAAUGCCAGAAACAAAACUUAAUGAUGUAUCACUAGAACAUGUUGGCCAUUUCUGCUACCUUAGACUGCCACCACUCCACAAAAGUUGACAUUGAUGCUGAAUUCUGCAAGUGCAGCAUUUUUUCAAAUGAAGCAGAGAGCGUUUGAGACAUUCGUAGGGAUACUAAUGCUUGUUUACAAAGCUGUUGUCCUUCCAACUUUAUUGUACACUUGAAAAACAUCUACAGAUGUCACUCUUGGAAAGAUUCCAUCAGUGUUGGUUUCAAAAAAUCCUGCAAAUCUCUUGGGAAAACAGGCAAACAAAUGUCAACCUUUUGGAAAAAGUGAAGACCACCUACAUUGAAGCAAUUCUCAGCCAUCAACUUCACUGGUCUGACCGCAUCCGAAUGCCGUAUCACUGUCUCCCAAAGCAACUAUUUUACUCUCAGCCGAAGAAUGGAAAACAGAAUGAUGGUGGACAACAAAGGCUAACCUAAAAAAAGUGGAAUAAACACCAAGAACUGGGAAGCCCUGGCUCUGGAGUGUUCUGACUGAAGGCCAACUGUUCCCAACAGUGCUGUGGAUUUUAAAGAGGCAUGAAUAGAAGACAGAAGGGAGAAAUGUGACAAGAAGAAGAAGAGGUCUCAAGCAAACCCUGGUAGGGACCGCCUUCCACCUGGAAGUGUAUGUCCUCACUGCAAAAUUACAUACGGAUCCAGAAUGGGUCUCUAUAUUCACUUACGAACCCAUCGCCAAGACUACCCUUGGAAGACCAUAAUACUCCACCAUGAGUGAUUGCUUAUGAUGAUUUCCAACAAAAAGGAAUUUCUGAGCAGAAUCUAUGGCCUAAACAUUUCUACCAUUUGCUUACAUGUGUUACUUCCUUGCUCAUCUAAAAAUUAUAAAUGUUCUUUUUUGAAAAUCUGAACACUGUUGGGAAAUAGAAUGGCUGUGCAGUUAUAGAUUUGUAAAUUUAAAAAAUCCAUGUUAUUUUCAGUGCCUAGGAUUGGGUUUGGUUUUCUGUGCAGACACCAUGAAUCUUGAGGAUAAUGGGAUAGAAGAAUCAUCUCCGCGCCCAAAGCUAGUGCUUAAAAUUACGUUCAUUAACAGGGCUUUAACGUAAAGGAUUAACUUCUCAUUUGAGGAUGUAAUCCAUCUUUUCUCACCAGAUGAAAACCUAUUCUUUCCUACUAAUGGAAAACAAGUAUGCUGAACACUUAUUCCUGAUGACAUUGCUGUAAUAUUAAUGGUUGAUGUGAGAGAAUAUUGUCGUAUGCUACUGUUGUUUUGCACUGCCGCACUUAUAGCUUGUAUGGAAAUUAUACAGAUUUCCAGAUACUUUUAGAUUGCAACUCUAAGCCAACAGAGCCAGAUGGGAAAUGCAGUCCAACAACAUCUGAUGGGCUACAUACUUUUCCAAACCUGUCUGCUGCUCUACAGCAAGACACAAGUAAACAGUCUUCAGAACAGAGCUAAGCUUAAAGACAAAUCUGCCAAGCUGUUUGAGGAGUGCCCUAAACUGCCUAAGACUUCCUUCCACCUGUAGAAAUGUAUACUGUAUCUAGAAGUUUCACAUGAAAUGUUCCCAUGAGCCUGGACUUCUGUAACUGUUGAUUCCAAUAUUAUGAAAACCUACCUUUAUUUUUGUUUCAUUGUAUCUAGGCAUUGAAUGAUUGUCUUUGUGUUUGUGUAUGCUGGAAUUCACCCUGAGUCCUCUCGGAGAGAUAGGGUGGAAUACAAUUAUUAUUAUUAUUAUUAUUAUUAUUAUUAUUAUUAUAUAAAUACAUUUGAGUUAUAGACUGUUUUUCACAUUGUUUAGCAAACUAGGAGGAUGUGGCAACAGCAUUUUACAUUACGUUAGUAGGUUUGAAAGAAGUUUGCUUACACAUUGAACCCAAAAAGCGGAAUUGAAAUUCCAAUUUUAGAAUAAAAAUAAAAAUAAAUGUACUGGUCCUAAAGAUA